CUGAAUGAGUAAUUCAAUAAAUUCUAAACGAGCAGCGGGUUCUGUAUAAAAACAAACGCCAGUGAGUUGUGGCUUCAGUAUCAAAGCAAAAUGCAACCGAGUACAUUUAUAAUCCUGCUUGGCUGUAUAGUCUUCGCUAGCUCCGUUGGUUCCAACCCAACAAGGACCUCUGAGGAAUUAAAAAAGGACUCUAAAGUACCCAAGCCAGCGGUGCCUGAGAAAUCAGAAGGUCAUUCCUUGUCAGUUGAACACUUAAAGAGUGCGAAGAUUAAUCAUGGAGAGACAAGUACAAAAGGUCUGGUGCCUUCAUCGACUCUGGCCCCAACAUCCCCCUUAACCCCAACGAACGUUACCCCGAAAACAGUGGAUAAAAAUGUUACUCCCGAAGAAGUAGAACCCCUUCCCGAGGGCAUUGGAUCGCGAUUGAAUGCACAAACUCUCAAAACCCUCGUUACAAAGACGUAUAAACCCCAAACACAAAAAAAAAACGUACCAAUGAACCCAAUGUACCAAAUAAAGAUUUGAAAUUGA